GCGAUUGUUGCGAUUGUUGCACGGGUUGCACCGGCCGUAACAAUAUUGUUUAUUAUUAUUAUCAAAUACCUACUUAAUUGUCCUAUACAGUUGCCUGGCAGCCAUGUCGGACAGUGAGGACGCCGACGACUUGUCCGGCUCGGAGGCGUCCGGGCCCAGCUACAAGCGGCCGGCCGCCGACGACGAGGCCGAGGAGGCGGCGCCCGGCGAGGAGGAGCCCUCCGGAGACUCGGAGCCAGAGGGCGAGGACAUUGACAAGAGCGACUAUGACAGCGAGGAGGACGAGGAUGACGACCGCCGCUCGGGCAAGAAGCGCAAGAAGAAGAAGGACCGGUUCGGUGGCUUCAUCCUGGAGGAGGCCGAGGAAGACGGCGAGGCGGACGAGGACGAGGAGUGGGACACUGAGAUGGACAACUACGACAUCAUGGCCAACGAGGAGGGCGAGGUGGGGCCCACCGCCCAGGAGAUCGAGCAGCGCCGCCGGCGCACCCAGAUGAUGUGGGACACACAGAACGAGGACGAAAUCGAGGAGUACUACCGGCGAAAGUACGCCGAGGAGGGCGCCGGCUCGCGCCACUUUGGCGACGGCGGCGAGGAGAUGUCGGACGAGAUCACCCAGCAGACGCUGCUGCCCGGCGUCAAGGACCCGAACCUGUGGAUGGUCAAGUGCCGGAUCGGUGAGGAGCGCGCCACCGUCCUCAAGCUGAUGGCCAAGUUCAUCACGCUCUCCAACAAGGACGAGCCGCUGCAGAUCAAGUCGGUGGUGGCGCCCGAGGGCGUCAAGGGCUACAUCUACAUCGAGGCCUACAAGCAGACCCACGUCAAGCAGGCCAUCGAGGGCAUCGGCAACCUCCGCAUGGGACUGUACCAGCAGCAGAUGGUGCCCAUCAAGGAGAUGACAGACGUGAUGCGCGUCAUCAAGGAGCAGCUGGUGCUGAAGCGCGGCUGCUGGGUGCGCCUGAAGCGCGGCAUCUUCAAGGACGACAUCGCACAGGUGGACUACGUGGACGCCGGCCAGAGCUCCGUGCACCUGAAGCUGGUGCCGCGCAUCGACUACUCGCGCAUGCGCGGCGCCCUCCGCGACAAGGAGAACGAGGUGAAGCGGAAGCGGCGCCACCGGCCGCCGCAGAAGCUGUUCGACAUGGAGGCGGUGCGCGCCAUCGGCGGAGAGAUCAGCCAGGACGGAGACUUCAUCAUCUUCGAGGGAAACCGCUACUCGCGCAAAGGCUUCCUCUACAAGAGCUUCGUGAUGAGCGCCAUCCAGGCCGAGGGCGUGAAGCCGACGCUGUCCGAGCUGGAGAAGUUUGAGGAGCAGCCUGAGGGCAUGGACGUGGAGCUGGCCCGCUCGGCCAAGGCCGAACAGGAGCACCUCUUCACGCCCGGGGACAACGUCGAGGUCAUCGAGGGUGAGCUCAUCAACCUGCAGGGCACCAUCGUCAAGAUCGACGGCACCAAGGUCACCAUCAUGCCCAAACACGAGGAUCUGAAGGACCCGCUCGAGUUCCCGGCACACGAGCUGAAAAAGUACUUCCGCAUGGGCGACCACGUGAAGGUGAUCUCGGGCCGCUACGAGGGCGACACGGGCCUGAUCGUGCGCGUCGAGGACGCCAUGGCGGUGCUCUUCUCCGACCUGACCAUGCACGAGCUGAAGGUGCUGCCGCAGGACCUGCAGCUCUGCUCCGACAUGGCCACAGGCGUCGACAGCAUGGGCCAGUUCCAGUACGGCGACAUGGUGCAGCUCGAUCCCCAGACGGUCGGUGUGAUUGUCCGGCUGGAGCGCGAGAACCUGCACGUACUCAACAUGCACGGCAAGAUCAUCAAGGUGAAGCCGCAGGCGGUACACAAGAAGAAGGACUCGCGCUACGCGGUGGCCCUGGACACGGAGCAGAACACCAUUCAGAAGAAGGACAUCGUCAAGGUGGUGGACGGACCGCACUCGGGACGGCAAGGCGAGAUCAAGCACCUGUUCCGCAGCUUCGCCUUCCUCUACUCACGUAUGAUGCUGGAGAACGGCGGCAUCUUCGUGUGCCGCACGCGGCACCUAGUGCUGGCCGGCGGCGCCAAGGGCGCCGGCACCAACACGGCCAGCGCCGGCUUCAUGUCGCCGCGGCUCUCCUCCCCGGCACACCCGGCCGGGGGCGGUGCCGGCGGCGGCGGGGGGAUGGCGGCCGGCGGCGGCAGGGGCCGCGGCAGGGGUGCCAGGAUGGGCCGCGACCGCGACCUCAUCGGCCAGACCAUCAAAAUCACACAGGGGCCCUACAAAGGUCACGUGGGCGUGGUCAAGGACGCCACGGAGACGACGGCUCGCGUGGAGCUGCACUCCAACUGUCAGACCAUCUCAGUGGACAAGAAUCGUGUCUCGGUGGUGGGCGGCGGCCCCAAGGCCGGCUCGCUCUCCACCUACAACAAGACGCCGCUGUACACGGGCGGCGGACAGACGCCCAUGUACGGCGCCGGCGGCUCGCGCACGCCCAUGUACGGCAGCCAGACGCCGCAGUACGACGGCUCGCGGACGCCGCAGUACGGCAGCCAGACGCCGCUGCACGACGGCUCGGCCACGCCGGGCCGCAGCGGCGCCUGGGACCCGUCCAUCAGCAACACGCCGGCCCGGCCCGACUUCGAGGACUACUCGUUCGACGAGGCGUCGCCGUCACCGGCGGCCAACUACAACCCCGGUACACCCGGCUUCAACGCCUAUUCCCCGUACCAGCCGUCUCCGAGUCCGAGCAGCGCACACAACGCCUCGGGCCCCGGCUCGGCGGCCAGUCCGUCGCCGUACGCGGGCACUCCGUCGCCGGCGUCGGGCUACCAGCCGAGCCCGUCGCCGGGCAGUGCGUACACGGCGCCGUCGCCGACGGGCGGCUACAGCCCGCACACGGCCGGCCUGAACCCGCAGACGCCGGCCGGGGGCGCCGACCUGGCCGGGCUCGACUGGCUCACCACCGACAUCGAGGUUCGUAUCCGGGACGGUCACGAGGACGCCGGCCUGGCCGGCCAGACGGGCGUGGUGCGCAGCGUGACCGGCGCCAUGUGCUCGCUGUUUCUGCCGGACGAGGAGCGCGUGGUGAACCUGACGGCCGACCAGCUGGAGCCGGUGCAGCCGCAGCGCGGCGACGGCGUCAAGGUCAUCCUAGGCGAGGACCGCGAAGCGAGCGGGGUGCUGCUCUCCAUCGACCACCCGGAGGGCGUGGUCAAGCUGGACCAGGAGGAGGUGAAGAUGCUGCAGAUGCGCUACCUGUGCAAGCUGCACGUCUGAGUGCCGCGCGGGCCGGGCGCCGCUCCUUCUCCGUCUCUCCCGGCCGGUGGCCGUCCGCGACCGGUCGGCGGCCGCGGCCGGGCUUACUACAUAUGUUCUGCGCGCGUGCGGCGGUGCUGGGAGCUGUCUGUGUCUGGGGCGGGCCGCCUCUGCUACCGAGCUGUCCGCCAACGUCACUAUCCAAUACACACGACCUUAGAUC